GUUGAAACCAGACUCGCACCUCAGUCCUUAUCCUUCUGAGGCUUUGGGAGGAGGGACUGUUUCUUUUUGCAGAGUUAAACGAAACUCCAACAUUCAAUGAAACUGUCUGUGGGAGUUCACAAGGGCCUCACAAGUUCUAGACCUCUACAACUUCUAGUCUAAUUUUAAAGUUUAAUGUAGAUUUCUUUGUUCUUGUAAAAAAUGGAGAGAUUUGCUUUGUCAGUUGAAAAGACUAAGACUUGGGUUUUCUGUAUGAUCUUUUUGCUGCUUUGCUGCACUACUGGAAAAUGCGAACUAAAGGAACCAAAGCCAACAGACUCAGGCAUCUUUGAAACUGUCAAACCUUUUGACAGCGGUAUUGAGGAACCUCAGCCCUUUCCAGAAGAGGAAUAUGGUAAUCUUCCUGUGUUUACAAUGGACUACGCUCGGAUCCAGAUCCCGUUUGAGUUCACCCUUUGGGUGCUAUUGGCUUCCUUUUCCAAAAUUGGUUUCCACAUUUACCAAAAAAUCACCAUCUGGAUCCCAGAAUCAUGCCUCCUGAUCGCUAUCGGCCUUAUAGUUGGGGCCAUCAUGCACUCUGUGAAGGAGGAACCCCCCGCCGUUCUCACCUCCAAUGUCUUCUUUCUCUACAUGCUACCGCCUAUCAUCCUGGACAGUGGUUACUUUAUGCCCACCAGGCCUUUCUUUGAAAACAUUGGGACGGUGCUGUGGUACGCCGUAGUUGGGACGUUGUGGAACAGCAUUGGCAUUGGCCUCUCCCUUUUCGCCAUCUGCCAAUUUGAAUUGUUCGAAGUUCAAGACAUUAAUCUGCAGGAGAACUUGUUGUUUGCCUCCAUCAUCUCUGCUGUUGACCCUGUGGCGGCUCUCAAUGUGUUCGAUGAUGUUGGAGUCAACGAGCAGAUCUACAUAGUGAUUUUUGGAGAGGGCCUCUUCAAUGAUGCCGUCACUGUGGUCCUCUACAGCAUGUUUGCCUUUUUGGCCGACAUGCCAUCCAUCUCUUCCACGGAUGUUUUCCUGGGUGUGGCCCGCUUCUUAGUGGUGGGUAUCGGCGGGGUCUUGUUCGGCGUCCUGUUCGGCUUUGUGGCGGCGUUCACCUCCCGCUUCACGAGCAGGGUGCGUGAGAUUGAGCCGCUGUUCGUCUUCAUGUUCAGCUACCUGGCCUACCUGGUGGCUGAGCUUUUCGCCAUCUCCAGCAUCAUGGCCAUCAUCACAUGCGCCAUAACCAUGAAGUAUUACGUAGAGGAGAAUGUUUCCCAGAGGUCCUGCACCACCAUUCGCCACGUGGUCAAGAUGCUCGCCACAGUCUCCGAGACGCUCAUCUUCUUUUUCCUUGGCGUGGUUACCAUAACAACUGAUCAUGAGUGGAACUGGGCCUACGUCAUGUUCACGCUGCUCUUUGCCUUCUUGUGGCGAGGACUCGGUAUUCUGGUGCUGACCCAGAUUGUCAACCCGCUCCGGACGAUCCGGUUCAGUUUGAAGGAUCAGUUUGGCUUGGCGUACGGAGGACUGCGAGGUGCAAUCUGCUUCGCUCUGGCUUUCACUUUGGGGGACAAUAUCAAUAGGAAGAACUUGUUCGUCACCGCCUCCAUCGCUCUCAUCUUAUUCACAGUUUUUGUCCAGGGCAUCAGCAUCCGCCCCAUAGUUGAGUACAUAAAGAUUAGAAGAACCAACAAAGAUCUUAAUACUAUUAAUGUGGAGAUCCAUACCAGGACGAUGGAGCACCUUAUCUGUGGCGUUGAGGACCUGUGCGGACAGUGGGGUCACUACUACUGGAAAGACAAGUUUAAAAAGUUCAACGAUCGCAUUUUGAGACGCAUCCUGCUGCGAGACAACACAGCAGAGUCCAGUAUAGUGUCUCUGUAUAAGAAACUGGAGCUCCAAAAUGCCAUUGAGCUCUUUGACACAUCAAUGGGAGACAUCAGCGCAGUGCCGUCCAUUGUUUCUCUAAGUGAUGAGAAGAAGGAGGCGACUCGGCCGAAGAAGAAGUUUAAGACUGGGGACAUUCUGAAAAUGCAUGACAUCCUGGCCAAGAAUAUGUACAAAAUACGACAAAGGACCACUGCUUUCACGAACAAAUACAGUCUGCCGGAUGACAGCCGGACCAGAGAGAUUCUGAUUCGCCGCCAUGCAAGCAUCCGGCGCAGCCUCCGUGCUGAAAGUUUCCGUGAACAGCCUGCCCAGAACAUUUCCAAGUCUCUGAGGUACUACUCCCUCCAGCCUGGAGGAAGUUUGGAAUCUGCUCUCUCCCUGAGAAGACGAAGUCCUGCUAUUCCUGAGGAGGAUCUGCUGCGGUCCUCUGGCGCAUCUCCUCGUUCCUCGUCUCGCUCCCUGAUCCCGAUGACCAGGCUCAACACCAUCACUGAGCAGACGAGUCCCAAAGAGCCACCGGCUGCCGCCGCGCACCCUCUGGCAAUGGAAAACCGCUCCAGCCUCAGAGGACGUAAAGCCCCUGUUGCAACACCGAGAAGACACAGCUCAAACCGAGCUGAUGAGGAUGAAGUUUUCUCAGAAAACCAAGCAGGAGCUGAGGAGCAGCAUCCACCUCCUCAAGGCUGGGUCCCUGAAAACAGAGAUCCUGGACUAAAUGAGGCUGGAAACCCCUUACUACGACAGUCAUCCCAAAGAUCAUGGAGAACGUGAACUAAUGACACUCUGACGUUGUUUUUUAUAUUCAAAGAAGUUCUGCCACUCUGGAUUAUGUGAAAUAUGAUGCUUCUGUUCCUUUUUUAUGUGCCUGUAAAUAACAAGUUAAUUCUGUUAUUAGUUGUUUUUUAUGAAAAUUUUAUUUACAAAGCUAUGGUGUUGGCAUAGUGGUUAGAAUACUGAGCGUAGAUCCCAGAGGUUCUGAGUUUGACUCCCACUCAGGGUCCUUGAGCAAGACCCUUAACCCCAGAUAGUGUUGCGCCG